AUGGCUCGACUUAGCAAUGUCUCCGUUGUUGUUCCCCUUCCCUCCUUCGACAUCGACCCCCUCAAGACGUUUGACGAAGGCUUCUUUGACCGUGCCGUCGACAACAUCUUAUCUGAAGAAGCUAGCAUUGAAGAAUCCCGGGAUGGGAUGAUGGAUGUCAGUACUGACAUAUCGAGUCCAUUAGGCUAUGAUGGGGCAUCCGACUCCUCAAAGCUCGGCGUUCGUCGUAGCCGAAGGACCGAAGCCAAGCCGGCGCAUUUUUCUAAUCCCUCGACCUCCUCCUCGCCUACAACAAGCACGGCAAAGAACCAGAAGUCGAGAAGAUCUUCUAGAAUACGGAAGAGUGUGACAAUGGAGGGCCUCGAUGGUGACGAUGAACCUCUUAUGAGCCUCGAAAACAUCAAGCAACCUCGGCGGGAAUUCACAGAAGCUGAACAUUAUCCCGUCCCCGAGGCCAGCGUUCACCCGUCUGCGCCUACCCAAAUGACCGAAUCUUCAGAACUGCCGACCCAUGGCAAUGAAAUGACGGCAGAAGAGAAGAUCUUUGCUUCGGUGGACCCAGAAAAGCAGAUGGAUGUGUUGAAGUUCAUUGUCUCACACUCUUUCAUGAUGGAACAUGCUCAACCUGUCCGACGUUCAGCUAGGCAAGAAUUCACUGGCCAAGUGCGCGAGUUCGCUUCGGAGGCUGGGAUGGACGACACAGCCAUCGAUGCUUUGAUUGACCACGUUCGAAACACUUUCCUUGAGGAGCGUGGAAUUCCGGUAGCUGAAUAUGCCGGCUCCGCAUUUGGGGAUGAAGUGGACGGCGAGGAAGAAACGCGCCGAAAACGCCGUAAGAGCAGUUCGGACCACAGCGAAGACAAAGAGCACAAGAAAAGCAAGAGGGGUAACUCGGACAAGCCGAGACGGCGCAGCCACGAGGGCUGUCUUGGCCACAAUGCUCUGCAGCAUGAUGAGCCUACUGAGGCAGUGGAUGCACACGGCCCCGCAGAUGCUCGUACUCGAAACCACGACAAUCUGCCGGAUGAAGAGACUCACAGGACGCGCCACUCAGAUAAGCCAAGACGGCACAGCCGCGACACUCUGCGCCAUGAUGAGCCAAUCGAGGUAGUGGAAGAGCGUGUGCCCGCAGAUGUUGCUACUGAAGGCCGUGACAAUUACUACGCUAAUCUGGAUAAACUGAAACAUACGAAUAACACAUCGGAUUUGCCCAAACUGCCCACGAAGAUCAUUCGGCCUAGCCAUAGUACAUUCAUGGAUCCGACCGACUCUACCCCUUACGACGAAUGCAUUCCUGAGAGCCUAGAACCUGAAAAAGUGGUCGAUAAUAAGCCAUUGAAACGUCGUGAGCCAGGCGCCAAAACAAAAAAAGAGAAAAAUAAGCGCAAGCGCGAACGGAGAAAAGAGCGGCGCAAGCAUCGAAAGACCGCGGAUGAACAAGAACAGCCUCAAGAAGAUCUUCAUGGUGUGAUCCCAAGUGAUGAGGUUCAGUCGAAGUAUUUCUUAGGGGCCAGCAAACCCAAAGUCGGCUUGAAAAGCAAGCGGGAAACAGCUUUCUCGCAUUAUGAGUUGUCUAUCCCCCUUGAAACCCAAAACCUGUUGAAUAAUAUGAAUCUGCCCCCGGACUUCUUGUCAUCCGAUCCUUCCUUGAGUGAUGUGCCCAGUGAUUUUGGUUCUGAUUCUGAUUGGAAUGAUCAAUGUGACCCCCAAUCACAUAUUCACAUCACGUUAUCACCUCCGAAAAGCCCCUUCCUUGUAUCCCAAUCAGCAAGCCCUGAAAUUCCUGUGAAAGAUACCUCUUCCGUUAACCCACAGCCCAUCAUAACCCCAAAAGUCAAACCACCAAAGCAUUCUCCUUAUUUCCCUCGUGCGCUAGUUGAUCCUGAAUCUUGCCUCCCAUUUCCCCCUAUCGAUGCGCCUUCUUUCGGACUCAUCCAGGAACAGCUUGCACAUGACCCAUUCCGUUUACUCAUUGCAACCAUUUUUCUCAAUCGAACCCGCGGUGGUGUCGCCCUACCGGUCUUGUUCAAGGUUUUUGAACGAUAUCCUACAAUUCAAUCGAUGGCAGAAGCAGACCUACCCGAACUCGUAUCAAUGAUCAACUGUUUGGGCUUUCAAAAUCAACGCGCUAGGAAAUGUACCACACUGGCACAAACAUGGCUAUCAGACCCCCCGAACAAAACCAAAAGAUAUCGCAAGCUCCACUACCCACGAAACCUGGAUGGUCGAAACGUCAGCCGUGAAGAAUGCAUCGACGAAGAAGAUUUGCGAGUCGCAUGGGAGAUUGCACAUUUACCCGGAGUUGGAGCGUAUUCCCUUGAUAGCUGGAGGAUCUUCUGUCGAGAUGAGUUGCGGGGGAAAGCCUCUGACUGGAAAGGGACAGAUGCGACAGAGGUCGGGUUUGUGCCUGAAUGGAAGUGCGUUCUACCACACGACAAGGAGCUACGUGCCUAUCUUACAUGGAUGUGGCUAAAGGAAGGAUGGAUUUGGGAUUACAACACAGGCGAUUUGACCCCUGCGAGUGACAAGAUGAUGAGAGCUGCGCAGAUUGGAGGGAUUGCUCGUGAAGAAAAGGGAAGCUGGAUACUAGAGACAUCGCCUGUCAAGGCUGUAAAUGGAUUGCAUGAAUCAGAUUGA